AUGAUGAAUGACAUUCUCGAUCAAACACCGCCUACAUCAGUACCUUCUCCACUGCCGUUGCCCACACAUGUAACUCGUCAUUAUCACAGCCACAGUGUAGACGGAUCAAGUCCACAAGCUCAUUGCCGUACAGUUACUACUUCUGUUGCUACUCUCGCUGCUUCGACAGAUGAUAAGGCCAUUCACCACGUGCGUCGCAUGUCCACGGGCCAAAUAUCGGACGAGAUUAUUCCUGAAGAACGUAUCGAUACUAUUAACAACUUUUUACAGAAGCGUAUCUCUAGUCGUCCACUCAUUGGGAUUGUCUGUGGCUCAGGCCUUGGUGGACUCAGCAAAUGCCUUUCGCACCAGGAGAUUAUUAAGUACGAGGACAUUCCACAGUUUCCACACUCUACCGUUGAAGGUCAUGCAGGUGAAUUGGUGUUUGGAGACCUGGAUGGGAUUGUUGUCGUCUGCAUGCGUGGUCGUUUUCAUUGCUAUGAAGGCUAUGCUAUGCGAGAAACGGCACUACCUAUUCGUGUUAUGUAUCUAUUGGGUAUCAAAUACUUGCUAGUAACCAAUGCAGCAGGUGGUCUAAACCCAGACUUUUAUGUGGGUGACCUUAUGAUUCUAAAUGAUCAUUUAAACAUGCCGGGAUUGUCAGGUCAACACCCUCUCAUUGGACCUAAUGACUCUCGCUUUGGAACUCGUUUUACGCCGCUUUCGAACUGUUACGACAAGAACUUACAAGAGCUCGCUCUUCAUGUGGCAAAGGAUCUUGGACUUGCUCAUAAGAUACGAAAGGGUGUGUACUGCUUUGUCUCUGGGCCGACAUAUGAAACACCGACGGAAUGUCGGUUCCUACGAUUGGUGGGAGGUGAUGCUGUUGGUAUGAGCACAGUACCUGAGGUGAUUGUAGCUGCACACUGUGGACUGAAAGUACUUGGUUUAUCGUUGAUCACCAACAAGGCGCUUUUUCCGGGGGAAGAACGUGAAGCAGCUUCACACAAUGAGGUUCUCGAGACAGUCCAGGCUACGCAGCACGACAUCGAGACGUACGUGCGAGACCUGAUUGCAGCAAUUGGAAAACAACAUUAUUCGUAG